AACAAUUCUCAGUUCUUACAACAAUAUUUAUAACUCGAGACUCGAGCUCUCUCUCUCUCUCUCGUCUUUCGAAUUUUGUUUGUAAAAUCCCGAUCGUUGUUUGAUUGAGUGUGUAGUUGAGUUAUCCAGGGAAGAUGAGAGGAGGUGGUAGAGAUCCUUUUGGUGGUUUUGGAGGAGGCCCUUUUGGUGGUUUUGGAGGUGGCCCUUUUGGCGGAUUUGGAGGAGGCUCUUUUGGUGGAUUUGGAGGAGGACCAUUAGGUCCUCCAAAUCUAAUGUCUGGUCUUUUCGGAGGAAGAGAUCCGUUUGAUGAUCCUUUCUUCACCCAGCCUUUUGGUGGUGGUGGCAUGUUUCCUUCCAACUUCUUUGGUCCCAGCAUGAAUCCUUUUGCGGAAAUGCCUCGUCCUUCGGGUUUUCUUCUCAACAAUCAGCCACCAGCACCGCGUAUAUCGCGUGGACCAAUUAUCGAAGAGAUUGAUUCGGAUGACGAGAAAGAAGAAGGAGAAGAAGGGAGAACGAGUCUUGGGAAACAUGGUAGGUCGAGCAGUGAGGCGGAAACUGAAGAUGCUAGAGUGGAAGAGAGAAGGAACCGACAUUUGCAAAACAUGAAUGCUAAUGCGGAGAGAAGGAACACACAAGUGCAGAACAUGAAUGUGAAUGCUAUGGUGAACAAUGGACAAUGGCAACCACAAACCGGGAGCUAUAGUUUUCACAGCUCGACUGUUACAUACGGUGGUCAGAACGGCAACUACUAUACUUCAUCCAAGACCAGAAGAACAGGAAGUGAUGGGUUAACUCUUGAAGAAAGCAGAGAGGCCAACACCGCAACGCGGGAAGCAUCGCAUAGGAUUUCGAGAGGUCUUCAUAACAAGGGCCACACAGUUGCGCGUAGACUUAACUCAGAUGGUCGUGUUGAUACAACACAGACCUUGCACAAUUUGAAUGAAGAUGAGUUGGCUGGUUUUGAACAGACUUGGAGUGGAAAUGCUAGAAGGCAAAUGCUAUUACCUGGUCGUUCUGGUUCCUUUGGCAGUGGUCUGGUAAACAGAGAGCAACCAAUGUUGCUUCCUUCGACUGAUCCAAGUCCUUCUCAUGCACAAGCAGAACCACCCCGGAGAACAAGAGGACAUGGCAGAAACUAAUCUAGGACGAUAUGUUCGGUUUCUAAAGGCUUUAGUGCAUGUAACCAAAGACUUAUUAUUUUACUUAGGUUGCAUCAUUAUUAUAACUUGUAUGAUGACCUGAGGAUGAGGGUUUUAAUACUGCUCUCCUUGAUGAUAAUUAUAUGUAUCCUUUGGUACAUUAAUCAGUUCUUAUUUUCAAUUUUACAAAACUCCUAAAUAAUGGUUAUGACUUA